UCUAAAUCUUCUUUUAUCAUUUUCUUCCCCUUUCUCAUUCAAACUCAAAUUUAUAAUCUUCGCAAUUCACACUAGAUUUUAUCUAAUCCUUAAAAAAAAAAAAAUAGUGCACGAGUGUACAUGGUAAGCAUAGUUAUGGAUAAUUGUAAUGAACGAUCAAGUUCUUCUUCUCCGGCGCCUUUUUUGUUGAAGACUUAUGAAUUAGUUGAUGAUGCGUAUACUGAUCCUGUUGUUUCAUGGAACCAUAACGGACGUAGCUUCGUUGUUUGGAAUCCACCUGAGUUCGCUAGAGACUUGCUUCCGAAAUACUUUAAGCAUAACAAUUUCUCCAGUUUUAUCAGACAACUUAAUACUUAUGGGUUUAGAAAGGUUGAUCCUGAACAAUGGGAGUUUGCGAACGAGGAGUUUUUAAGAGGGCAGAGGCAUUUGUUGAAGAAUAUUUACAGACGAAAGCCGAUCCAUAGCCACUCUGCAACAGGGCAAUCAGUGGCUCCAUUGACGGAUUCGGAGAGACAUGAGUAUGAAGAUGAAAUUGAGAGGCUGAAGAGAGAAAACAGUAUGCUUCAGUCAUCUGCGGAGAAUCAAGAGAAAUUUAAUAUGGAAUAUGAAAGUGGAAUUAAGUCUAUGGAGCAACGUUUACAUAACGUUGCUCAUAGACAGGGGAAAUUGAUUUCUCUUUUAGCUCAAUUACUACAAAGACCUGGAUUUUCAUCUGAUUUUAUUCAAUGCGCGAAUAAUAACAGUAAGAAGAGACGGUUGUUAGUAUCGAAUUACUUAACUGAGGAGGAAAAUGCAGCUACUAACUCUGUAGUUGCACCAAAAUUGGACUUGGAAAUGGUUAAAAAGUUGGAUUCUUCAAUCAAUUUUUGGGAGCGUUUUCUGUAUGGUAUUCGAAUGAAUCCAACAGAAGAUCAAAUAUGUGAUUUUGACCAUACACAACCUUUACCUUCCCCAAUUGUUAUACGGGAAAUGGAUACCUCAUCUGAUGAUUCUGGCAAACGAAACUCUCCUAUCGAUCAUUCACCAUCCUCCUCCGAGUUAGGAGGAGGACCUUUUAGUCCUGUCAUUUCAUCAAUUUAUGUCAAUUUAGAAUGUCAACUUAAGCCAUCUGAUCAGGUUAAUCAGGUUGAGGGUAAGACCACUAAAACAUCUGAAUUGGUAUCAAACUCGGGUAAUGAUGUAUUUUGGCAACAGUUCUUAACAGAGACGCCUGGUUGCACUGAGCCACAAGAAGUUGAAAACAAAGGCAUUAACGAAUUAGCGUGUGAUAUUAGAUUAGGGGAUAACCAUAGAUAUUGGUGGAAUAGCGGAGUUAAUGUAGAAAAUCUUGCUGAACGGAUGGGGCAUCUUAGUAGUCCAGCAACAGGAAGCUGAGUUGAUUCAGUAUUUCCUUAUUGACAUUUUAUA